AUGAUCUGCACCGCAGCCCUCCUGGCCAUCACCCUCUCGGUGGUGACCGAAAUAUGGACGUUACCUCUUCAGAAUGCGUCUAUGGUAGAAGGAGCCGUUCGGAGGAUCAAAAGGGAACCAUCGGGGUUUUUAGACCCCGAGGACAUAGGUGUCAUGGACAAGAUCAUUUCGGCCAACAGAAGAUUUGGCGUGGCUGGGGUCUCCAUAAGGGAUGCAGACAUUGCCACCUUAAACCCACGCAGUGCUCUCAUCUGUCCGGGAAACUCUUGUCUCUGGCCAAAAUCAGUGGAUGGUUUUGUUUACGUUCCAUACAUGAUCUCUCAGUUCUAUGAUGACAUGGACAGAAUAACCAUAGAAACCGGUAUGCUGGAUAUCAUGUCAAAAACUUGUGUCAAGUUUAUCCCAAGAACCCAUGAGGCCAACUUCCUAAACAUCCAACCGAAGAGGGGCUGCUGGUCUUACCUGGGCAUGAUCGGUGGGCCCCAGACGCUGUCCCUCCAGACUCCGGCUUGCAUGUGGUCGGGGGUGGCCUCGCACGAGCUCAUGCACGCCCUCAGCUUCGUCCAUGAGCACUCGCGCUCCGACCGGGACGCCUAUGUCACCAUACGGUGGCAGAACAUCAUGAGAGGCCAGGCACACAACUUCCAAAAGCACAGGACACACAACACCUUGGCAUAUGAUUACAGCUCAGUCAUGCACUAUGGAAGGUAUGCCUUCUCUGAGGAGGGAGAACCAACAAUUAUCCCCAAACCAGACCCAACUAUGCCCAUUGGACAGAGAGAUGGACCCAGUGUAUCGGACAUUCAUAAAAUAAACGUUCUGUAUGAUUGUGGUGGCAUGGUUUGACAAGAGUAACAAUUUCUUAUUCGGGACUGGCAUGAAGACUGAUGGAAAAUAAAUGUUGUAAUUCUGUUCUAGUUUUAGCCAUUCAAAUGUAAGAAUUAUGUUCACUUGCAUAUGAAUAAAUUAGUGGAUGUUGUGGCA